GUAUUAUUAUCUCGUUAAUUACCUUUUCUUGCUUUUACCAGUGCUUUUGCACAAACGUUUAAACAGUUGAUCACCCUCUAUUGGCGCCGUUAUGAGUUAAAGCAUAGCUAUCAGAUCUUCAUGCCUGGUUGAAUGCUUUGUGUGGGAGAUAUUUUCAAUUUGUACCACACCAGGAGCUCAUAAACCCGUUGUGUUGAUUUUAAUGAGAUUUGCCUGCUAUGCGCUCUUUAUCUUCGCUGUUUCAAUUUUUCAAAUUCUAAUCGGAAGCUAGACUGGGAAAAAUGAUCUGCAGCAGUACAUACAGUACGUUAACAUUUCUAGACAUCAUGAGGAGCAACAGCUAAUAAAGCAACAACCUCUCACUAGCGACAUUGACAUCAAGCGAAGGCUUUAGCUCUUGAAUGAAGAGAAUCUCUUUAAUUUUGCAAUGAAAGGCAGUUUUGCCGGACGCUAAAAUUAAAUGGCAAAGCACGUAGACAUUUUUCGCGGGAACAUUUUACCUUCUGGGGGGCAGCGGUCGAUUGGCAGAGUCAUGUAUCCCUUAGUAUAGUGUCGAGUGUAGGGCAAAACAAAAUGGCCGAUGAAUGAAGAUUGGCGAAAUCCGGCUCGAAUUUAGGCCUUAAGAUACGCAAUUUACCUCUGCCAUGCUUUAUGUACCAGACCAUGAUGCCGUAAUAUAAGGAUUUCGUUUUACCCGGAGAUACCGGCAGUGUCGCCAAGAUUCUUGUUUACAAACAAUUUUUGAAUGAUGAUCAUUGAUCAUGUAGCCACCGUGAUUGUGUGAGGCAUUUAUGUCCUAAUUCACCCUGCUUUUUUAUUUGCAGAUCCACUAUUUGAAGACAAAGCAUGCGACUGAGUGAUGAGUGUUCACUAUUUUUGGUCGUAGCGAUAUCUCAUAGAUUCCUCAUUCAAUCUGUUUGUGUUAUAUUUGGAAUUCUUACAUCAUGAGCUACAAACGAACUUAACCAUGCGAGCCAUCGCUCCCCAAAACAGCUCAGAAACAACAUGAAAAACUAUGUCUUAUGUUCAGGGUCCUUUUGCGGCUCUAUCAACUCGAUUACUGCAGUUUCAUCUUCUAGUCGCUGGUGUAUCGUUCCUUGGUUAUGCUUUGGAUAUUAAGAAUUCCUUUUGUAAAUGCGAGGACUUUCCGAUAGAGGAUCGACCGUUUGUAGCGAUUUGGAACGCCCCGACGGGUGGGUGUUAUGUUAACUACAGCAUCAACAUAAAUCUAAGAGAUUUUGACAUUCUCGAGAAUCCGAAGCAAACUUGGGAUGGAAAAUACGUUACGGUAUUAUAUAAUGCACAGCUUGGACUGUAUCCGUAUUUCACGAACGAGCAAGGAACGAAUAGCUAUAAUGGAGGAAUGCCCCAGCUGAUAAAUUUAGCUGCACAUCUGAAGAAAAUGAAAAAAGACGUUAUUAGAAAAAUUCCAGACCCAAAUUAUAGUGGUUUGGCAAUUAUUGAUUGGGAAGGCUGGCGCCCAACAUGGGACAGGAAUUUUGACUCAAAAAGAAUCUACCAAAGCAGAUCAAUUGAACUUGUUCAAGAAAAACACCCAGAGUGGACAAUGGAAGAAGUGAUUGAAGAAGCAAAACAAGAAUUUGAACAAUCUGCCCGUGGGUUAAUGGAAAGUACUAUAAAGUUAGCAAGACAGCUGAGACCCAAAGGACUGUGGGGCUUCUAUGGAUUCCCUGAUUGUUUCGGGAAAAGUGAUACAAAUUACCGCUGCUCUCAUGAGAACCAAGAACUGAACAACAAAUUGAAAUGGUUGUUUUCAAGCAGCACUGCUCUCUAUCCAUCGGUUUAUUUGUAUGAUCAGCAGUCGUCAAACAAAGCAUUUGCAUAUGGCCGACUGGAAGAAGCAUUCAGACUAGCAACAUGGGUUUCAAAGGAAAAAAAUAGAAGAGUACCUGUGUUUCCUUAUUUUCGACAUUUGUAUGAAGGAAAACCACUGGAGUUUGACUACCUCACUGAUAUUGAUCUGCGCAAUUCAAUUGGCCAGGCAGCUGAUAUGGGUGCAGCGGGUGUGGUCAUGUGGGGUAAUAGGCGUGAUGAAAACACCUCUCCUGCUGUAUGCCAAGAACUUAAUAACUACAUUAAAACAAAACUUGGUCCUUACUUUGAAUCUCUGAGGCAUCAAUUGGAGACCUGCAGUGAGAAAAAAUGUAAUGGCAGGGGGCGUUGUGUUGAUAGAAGAUUGAUUUCGUCAAGGUGGGUAUCUGACGAGCCAAGUUUGUAUGGACGAACAUGCAAAGGAUCACCCAAAUUGUUUUCUCCGAGCAUACGACAACACUCUGCAGUCCACAAACAAAAAGAUAACCAAGCAAAUAAAAGACAUCAUAAACAUGGAUUGGACUCCAAACAAAGAACGUUUUUGAUGAAAGAACUUGCACUUCUCAACGCUACAGGAUCAAAGAAGAUAUUUCUCAAUUCUCGGCCACGCAACUCUUCGAAUGCUAAAGACUUUGUGGUUUUCAUGUCCACCUCAGAUUCAGCAGUGGAAGUAAACAAGGCUCCUCAAGAACAGAAGAAUACUGAGGGGGGAGUAGUGGCUACCAGUGGGUUACACUACCAUGACCAAUAUAGUGAUAGUCCCAGUUUUACUCAAACAGCAGUCAAGGGAGCCCUGGCGCCAAAUAAACUGAACAUGCGCUGUAAUGAAUCUUCACCAGAGAAUACGGACUGUGAGAUCAUGAAAGAGAGUCCCGCGGCUUACACCAGCAGCUUUCACUUCCCUCACACCUAUGUGGUGUUCAUUUGUGUGUCUCUUGCGUCAGCGCUCCUCGUGUCGUCAGCUUUCAUUAUGAGUUAUUAUUACUGCAACAUUCGUAAGAGAGUGGAAGAAGAUGAAGAUAUUCCACGCGGGGACGAUUGAACACUCACUGGAUAACAAAAUUGCUUUCGUGAAGGUGGAGAGCAAACAAGUUGAAUUUGAAUUAGUUGAAAUGCAAUGUUUGAAAAUUAAAACGCGGAAAGAAUAGCGCUAGCGGCGUCCACGACUGAUCUCUCUUGGGGACAAGGAUGACAGAUAAACAACAACAACAACAGCAGCAGCAGCUGCAGCAGUGUGAACAAUUUUUAUAUCUACAACUUAAUGGACUACCAAGGGGUCGAACAAAAAAUCUGCUCAGAUAAAAGGGUUUCCUACGAAAAUGAAUGACUGGCUUUCCUUUACACCAAAAGAAAGGUCGUUAGAGGGGUUCUGUUGUUAAAACUGUACCACAUAGAAAACUUAACAACCCCGCUUUAAGCGCUGUCUGUUACCCAUCGACAAAUGCCUGUGUCGUCUGUCCCCGUACUGACCAAGAGAGACAUAAAACUACAUUCAAAUAACCGAAUUUAGCGUAAAACAAUCUCUUGGCCCAAUUCGACGUCAAUUUUGACCUUUUCUUUCGCUUUGCUGUUUCUAUAACAGUAUAUCUAGAGCAUAGAGCACUCCGCGAAGUUCACGGUUGUGACAUCCGUGAGCUUCGCCUAGAGAAUUGAUCCUGGUAACAUAACAUAUUUAUGGAACUGUCCGUGAAGUAUAGAUGUGGUUACAGAUUAGAGCUCAUUAACAGUCACUUGCCAAGGUCACACAUAUCGAGUUCUAUUUUUCUGUCCCCAGAUCACUGCCUGAAACACGAGCUUUGCCUUUUAGCCAAGCUCUUGGCUACACUUGGUUACGUAAGAGUCACGAAAAUAUAUUAGAGAACAUUUUUAACGCGGUAAAUUAUUUUCAAAGUGAAGGAAAUAAGGUAGAAAAACACCAACGAGGUGGUAAUAGAUAUUACAGGUACGAGUUGUGAGAUUGGAGAAGACAGAGAUAGUUUUGUUUUGUUUUUUAAAUUGUUUGUCUUGUGCGUUGGUAAGUGUUUUUCUUGGCCGGUCCGACAGGCUGACCACGGCAGGGCCAGUGACAGUCGAUAUGAAGAAUCAUGUCGACAUCUUUCUGUUAAUGCCGGACAAGAAGGUAUUUUAUAAGUUCAGAAAAAAAAAGCCCAGGUUUUGACAAAGUGACAAAAUUCAGUUUAAGGGUGCAAUGAGGACCCUUGUAGCGAAGCUUAGCAAAAAUUUGGUUUGUCUCAAGAUUGACAAGUUAGUACAGUGUCUGUUUGCGAGGUGAAUUCUUUAUCCUUUGAAUCAGUGUGAUCAGGAAGUAUUUUCUCUUGGGAACUCGAAAACUCCGGAUGCAUCAAAUUUAACUCUUUGAGCAAAACUUAAUGCAGUGCAUUUGACGCGUCAAUGUCAGUUUAACAAACCUCUGUUGUUACCAAAACCUUUGUCUCAAAUAAUCCCGAACGUAAAGCUUAUUUACAUGGUCACGUUAAUGGCGGGUAUUUUGUAUCAAAAGUGAUUAAAACUGCAAGUUGAUUAA